AUGGACCUUAUUUCAAUGACCACCACGGUCAACGGCAAAGCAAAUGCCAGUGGCGAUAGCUUCAACGCUAAACGGAAACUUGAGACUGCACACUCGUUCUUUUCUUUCUCAGUAUCACCGUCGCUAUCGGGCUCAGUUGCUCGUAAACCGUCAAACAGCUGCAGACCUUUUGAAACUACCUCAAACGCACUGCUACCGGUGGAUUCAUACCAAAAAGUACGACGUUGUUCUGCUACGGAGCCUCCACCAUUGACUCGCUGUUACUCGGACGGAAAAAUUUUAAAGGCCAUUGGAGAGCUGCUGACUGCAGAAGAAAAGACAGACGAUCAGUACGUGCCGAACGCUUUGACGCCUAAAGAUUGCCAAACGUCGUCGGUACAUAUAGUGCCACCGCAGAGCUCGACGUUGCAGAAGAAAAGCAAUUCGUCUCGAGCUGGCAGCUCUACGCGCUGCAAUCCAUUUUUGGAUGACGGAACGUGGCCAUUGAGCUCUCUAGGAGGUCCAACGUCGACAUUCGUCACUAAAACCGACAACAACAACAUGACAUCACCACAACGGUCAGCGGACAGCCGCGUAAUGUUUACUCCACCGACGCCAAACAAGCGAGUUUGCUGCCAGCAAGGCUUUACGCAGAACAAGACAGACUCGACUGCUGCCUCACCUUGUAACUUAGCACCUUCUCUCACACAAACGAAGAAACGCUCUCCCAUAGUGUCAGAUGAAAUCCACUUUGCUAGUGCGUCUCCGCUAGACAAGCGGGUAUUUACAUCCAUCAAUAUGAAUUUGGAAGGUCGAAGCAGUGCGGCUGCAGAGGCAUUGUCCUUGUCCUCGACACCAUCGAUCGCCGUGCCACCUCGAGGGAGAGUGAGCGCAUCAAAGAGAGCGUAUCCUCGAAACCCUGGCAAUUUGUCGCUAGACUUAUCACAGAUGGACCAUGUGAAUUUUGAUCUAUGCACUACUGCGACCGAGGCAUUGAAACGUCGUAACGACCAAAUUGCUUUGUGCUCAAAAUUAACGGACUUCCUGUACAUUGGUGGUGCAGUUGCUGCAAAGAACAAGUCGCUACUAAUUUCGAACGGAAUCACUCAUGUUAUUAAUUGCGCAGCUAGUGUGGCUCCAGCUUCGUUUCCAGAUGACUUUUGCUAUUUCAACAUGAGGCUCCGUGAUCACUCGUCGCAGGAUAUUGCGCGACACUUUUACAGCAUCUUUGACUUUAUCGAGCGUGCUCGUGAGUGCGGUGGACGAAUCUUUCUGCACUGUGUGAAGGGCAUAUCUCGCUCACCUACGAUGGCAAUUGCGUACUUGAUGUGGUACAAGAACAUUAGUAUGUAUGGAGCGCUUGACUUUGUCCGACAAGCGCGUCCGAUCGUAGACCCCAAUGCUGGUUUCAUCUUCCAGCUAACAGAAUGGGAACAACAGCAUCCGAAUGGGAGACUGAAAUUCCAACACAAAAUUGUCUUUCGACUGGAUGUAGCGUACGCCAACCCUGACAAAAUUGGCCUCUGCAACAGCUCUAUGUCGGCGAAGAAUCCCUUGUUUGUGCCGCUCCCAGGUAUCGGUGAAAGUUACUUUCGUGACCCGACUAAAGACAUUGGUGAACAGUGCUUGAUUGUAGCGUGCGUCGACUACAUGUUUGUUUGGUGUGGCACCGACGUAAAUGAAGAUCAAGUGGAGGUUGCUGAGAGCGGCGCAACAAUCCUGCAGCGAUACGAAGCAUUUCCUGUGAAGUGUGAUACAUUGCGACAAGGGCAGGAGCCCGUGGCUUUCUGGAAUCUUGUAAGCGACAUCUUGUAG